GUUACAGCAGCUCAGUCCACACACACCUGCCUCUCCUGACUGUGACACAGAUCUGACAACAACUGAGUGAAAAUGUGAGUUUCUCUGUUCCUGAUUCUAAGGUCGUCUUCAUGUAAGAAGAGACAAACUUUUAAAAGCAGAAGAAUCCGACAUGAAAGAUGAAACAUUUCCUCUAAAGGAGGAACUCUCCCUGCAGAGUGUGUCAGCUCCUGGUUUUCAUGCGGUGUGUGCCGGUGCAGGCUCAGUGGUGCAGGUUCUUGUGAAGGACCUGGUCCCCGGAAGCUGAGAAACAGAAAGUGUUUAGUGUUGAGUCAGUGACGCAGCUCGGAGCCGUUAGAUGCUCCGUCAGUGAUGCUGCAGUGAUGGAGCUGAGAUCAACAGCGAUGGAGCUUCUUCCUCUCGUGUGUCUCUGUCUCCUGACUUGGUCUGGAACAACGUUUGCUGAUGGAAACGAACCAAAGAUCAUCAGUGUGUCAGAAGGACAUGAUGUAACUUUACCCUGUUCCCUCAGCUCCAGAGAGAACAUUCAGGGAAAACGCUUUGACUGGAAGAAAGAUGGUCAGCAGGAUGUUUUCCUGUAUGAAAGUGGAGACCAUUACAAUAAACAGCUAUCAGGUCAAGAUCCACAGUUCAGAGGUCGUGUCUCACAUUUUGAAGAUGAACUGAAGAAUGGAAAACGCCUCCAUAAUCAUCAGACAUACGAAGCUGACUGACAGUGGAAACUACAUCUGUGAUUUUCCAGGUCGUCAAACAUCCCACAUUCAGCUUGUUGUUGAUGGUCCCUUAAAAGACAGAAGAGGUGAAAACAUCCCAGGUGCAGCUCCAGAGCCGUACAUCAGGAUACUUGGUGAAACAAAGGAUGGAGAACUGCUGCAGUGUGUCGUUCGAGGAGCUUCUCCCAAACCUAAAGUAGAGUGGAAAGACAGUUCUGGAAACAUCCUUCCUGCUAAAGACCCUCAGGUCUCUGAAAGAGGAGGACGCUAUGACAUCACCCUCCAAACGACUGUGACCGAGACCGGCAACUACACCUGUGUAUCCACACAGGAGGAAAUCAACCAUCAGAUUUAUGCUGAGACCUUUGUGUCUAUCAAUGGGGGAAUAUUCAACACAGUGACCAUUGCCUGUGUUAUUGUUAUUGGAGUAUUAUUUCUUCUUGUAGUUGUGCUUGCUGUUAUACUCUGCAGAAGGAACAACAGACAGAGGGGCCGGUACUGACCCCCCCAGUCAGAGUGAGGGUUUCCAGGUCUGACACGUACCUUGAGGUUUGCUGCUGAAGUGUGUGUGUGCAGUCAGUACUUUUAUUCUUGUGGGGACCAGUUUUGAUUUUAGACCAAAAGCGUGGAGAGGUUUUUAGAAACUGAGCACAUGUUGUCCAGUCCUCACUGAUCCAAAGGUUUUAGGACAGACCAACAUGUACACAGGUAUUUUUAAUGUAGUUUUUUCUCUGUGGAUUAGGAUUAAAUUUGCCUGCUCAUCCUGUCUCUCUGCAGCAGCACCAGGAGGGGCCAGUGUAGCGCAAAUAUUUCAAUCAAAUUUCAAACAUUUAAAUGUCCUCAGACAGAGGACAGGACAGUUUUAGUUGCCUUACUUUUUUUUUAUCUGUGGCUUAAUACAAUAUCAACAUGCUCACAUUUACAAUGAAACAGGUUUUGGUCUCUGUAAUCGUUCGUCCUGUCCACACUGAGUCCUUCAUGUGCUGUCAGUGGAAGAGAUGGAGAUAAAAUCCUCCAUUCAGAGUUAACUUAAAGGCUUCAGCCGUCUAAGAUGAACAACUGUCAAUCUUUCAAAGUUACUGUCUUUAGAAAUCUGUUGUUCUUCUGCAGCUCAGAGAAGAUCACUGCCCCUUUAGUCAUAAUAAAGUCACCUCCCAGAGAUACUGGUAGAAUAAUUAGUGAGAAAAAACAUGAAGGCUGAGAGUUUUCAGUCGCUGCAGUCGUUCAAACUGGUAGAAGAACAUAAAUCAGUCACUGUUCAGCAGUGUCAGUCACCUGUAACCAGUUUACUUCCUGUCCUGACAGUCGUGUUUAGGUUUAUUGUCAGUGACUGUCAGGACGUGUCGUCCUGCUGAGGCUCAGCAAUGAAACACAAAGAGGGAAUUUCAGACUUUAGAAGUCAUCCAGUCUGCCAGUGUUGAAGAGAGGAGUGAUUACAGUGACCCAUAACUCUCUCAACAUGUGAGUAAAAAAUACAAAAUGCAGCUGUAAGUUUGAAUUUUG